AUGGCUCAGAGUGACUUCCUCUACCCAGAAAACCCAAGGAGGCGGCAGGAAGUGAACCGUCUUCACCAGCAGCUCCUGGACUGUUUGUCUGACAGCUUCCAGGUCACCAACAAGCUGACCGGGGUUCUGAACACCCACUUGGGCUGUAGGCUGGCCUUCAUUGAAAUGAAAAGAGAUGGAACUAUCAAAGAAAACUGUGACAUCAUUAUCCAAGCCGUGGUAAAAAUCCAAAAGGAACUGCAAAAGGUGGACGAGGCACUGAAAGACAAACUAGAGCCAACCCUUUAUAGGAAACUUCAGGAUAUUAAGGAGAGGGAGACGGAGAAGAUGGCAAUUGUGCAAAAGGUCAUUUCUGUCAUCCUGGGGGAAGCAACAUCUGCCGCCAGUGCGGUGGCUGUUAAACUCCUGGGCUCAAAUGUCACAACCGGCAUAAUGAACAAGCUGGUCACUGUGCUAGCUCACAUCGGGACGUCUCUCCUUGGUAGCAUUGGAGUUGCUGUGCUUGGUCUUGGCAUAGAUAUAAUCUUUCGUGCCAUCCUGGGAGCAGUGGAGAGGUCGCAGCUUCAAGCAGCCAUCAAAAGUUAUGAGAAGCAUCUAGUGGAGUUUAAGGCAGCCUCAGAAAGGUACCACCAUGCCAUCACUGAGGUCACCAGAGCCGUGACGCGCCAGAUAAGAUGA